AUGCAUCUGCUCUCCGACUGCGAUUCGAGUCUACCUGUUAUUACGAUUCGUGUUCUGUUAUGCCCUACUGUUCAUCUCCACAUCAAGUCAUGCCAGAUACCUCCGCUACUCAUGUAUCAUACAAGUCCGCCUUACACCCAGCACAGCACACACUCACUACCCAUCGCAGAGCCUCCCUCCUCUCCCUUUUCAGCCUUGCAUAACCUCUACAUCUCCUUCCCCUCUCAUCCAAUCCUCACCCAAUCCCCUUCCAGCUCCCCCUCGCUCUCCUUCUACUCUAGCCUCGCCCAACAAGCAUCAUCGCAAUAG